AGAGGCCCACGUACCGCAAAUAGAAAAUAAAUAGCAUUCAUUAAUUACUGUGGUGGUUUUAAUGUGUGUCCAAAAAUUUUUCAGUAUUCCUUUCUCCAGAAAGUGAAGCUCAAUUCUCCUCCCCUUAAGUGUGAGCUAGACUUUGUGAUUCACUUCUACCCAAGAGGGUAUGAAAAGGGAAAAAAAAAAAGUAACUUUGCAGUGGAGAAACAUGGCAGACACCACCUCAACCAAAGGAUCAAGAUUUACAUCAGCAGUAAGUCAUGAUGACACAAUGCACCUCUAACAUGAUGUGAUGGGAAGAGUACUUCACUUUUGUGGUAGACUUCCUCACGAUCCAUAAUCCCAAUCUAAUCAUGAAAAACAUCAACCAAACCCAAAUUGAGGGGCAUUCUACAAAACACCUGAUCAGUGACCUUCAAAAGUGUCAGAGCCAUGGGAAAUAAGGAAAGACUGUGAAACACAGAAAGACAGAUUGGAGGAGACUAAGGGGUCAUGACAACUAAAUGCAAGGUGAUAGUGGACUGGAUCUUGGAAAAAAGGACAUUCGUGGAAAAACUGGUGAAACCCAAAUAAAGUCUGUUGUUUAACUUAAAAAAAGAAAAGAAAUGGCAAGAUGAUAGACUUAAACUUAACCAUGUCAGUCAUUAAAAUGAAAAUAGUCUAAACACCCCAAUUAAAAGGCAGUGAUGGUCAGAUCAGAUUAAAAAACUGUGACCAAAGUAUAUAUGCUGUUUACAAGAAAUACAAAUGAAAUAUAAAGCCACAAUUAGGUUUAAAAGUAAAAGGAUGGGCACCCGCCCCCACAGGGGUGGGGAGACUCAGCCCCUCAGGUGGGCAGAGACCAACCCUCCCGCGGGGACCUGUAGGCCGCCCCUGAGGACUCGCAACAGAGCCCAGUGCAACUCUUGUCCUUGGACUGGGUGCCAUGGACGCCUUUAUCAGCUUCACCAACCAGACCCAGGGCCAGGACCAACUCUUCAGAGCCGCUAAGUACACAUGCAUGUUGCUUAGAUAUUUGUUAGAGCCUAAAGCUGACAAAGAGGAGGCUGUUAUGAAGCUCAAGAAACUGGAGUCCAGUGUGAGCUCUGGCCGUAAAUGGUUCAGACUAGGCAAUGUGGUACAUGCUGUACAGGCGACUCAGCAGAGCAUUCAUGCCACUGACCUGGUGCCCCGCGUAUGCCUAACAUUAGCCAGCCUGAACCUUGUGAUUUAUUUCAUCUGUGACCCCAUCAUCUUCGUGAGGAGUGCAGGGCUUGCCUCUGGCAUUAACAAAGAGAAAUGGUGAACGUGGGCUGCACGCCAUUACUACUAUUCUCUUCUGCUGAGCCUGGUCAGGGAUCUGUAUGAAAUCUCCCUGCAGAUGGAACAGGUUGCACAUGACAGGGCAAAGAGGGAGAAAUCACCAUCCCAGGAUCGUCUUGGGUAUAGCGUGGCUAAUGAGGAAACAGAAUGGCUCCAGUUCUUUCUUCUUCUCUUAUUCCGAUCUCUGAAGAAACAUCUUCCCUUGCUCCUGAACACAGUGAAGAACUUCUGUGAUAUCUUGAACCCUUUGGACCAGCUGGGGAUCUAUAAGUCCAAUCCUGGCAUCAUAGGCCUUGGAGGUCUCGUGUCCUCUGUAGCAGGCAUCAUCACUGUGGCGUAUCCUCAGAUGAAACUGAAGACCCACUGAGGUGGUUUUGGGCUGAAGACUAGUACCUGCUUUCAAGACAACCUGUUAGUGAAAUGGACAUUUGCGUUAGGCACAGCCAUGUCAUGCUGUGCUUACAGACUUAUUCACAUGAGCACUGAGUGACCUGCGAUGUGAACAGAGGGGCCAAGAACGGUGGAGGGGAGAACGUGAAGGCUUAUGUGUUUUCUAGAGCGCUGGAGUGACUUCUGAAUUUCUGAGUAUUUUUCCUUCAUCUAACAUUUAUUGAACAUCUCUUUCGUGCAUAUUAGGAACUUACUGGUUGCUGAACGGAUAAAAAUUGAAAGAGAAAAAUUGAAAAAGAUCCAAACUAACGAGUGGACACUAAUAUAAGCGACUUUUGGGCCAUGUGCCUCACUACUUUUGCCCAACUACAGUAGGACUGAUACACACCCUCUCUCAGAUCUAGUAGAGGCCCCUUAUUCUCUGAUCAGUUACCCCACUUCCUCCAUAGUUGCCAGUGCCAGGAUAGAGGAGAGCUGGGCUUAUAGCCUCUUAACUUGACUUUUACAUCACUGUGCUCCUGUCCUUCCUCUGUCCAGUAGUAAAAUCAGAAGUGCAUCAGGCACCUUCAUAGUAUAAAUUGUGUCUUUAGGUAAUGCAGUGAGGAAACAAAAAAUCUGAAGCAGAUAGAAAGGACUUGAGGUAAAAAUAAUGUGGUAAGUCACAAUUGAUGCCUGCGGGUUUCCCUAUGACAGAUGAGGAGACUGAGGUUAAAACUGAGGACAGAACUGACUCCCAAUCCAGUGCUUUUUCCGUAUUUCACUGCCUUCCUGAUUGAGUGGAAGUGCAAGACUCUCCAGAAUACUGUGCGAAAAUCCUUUUUUAGAACCUGUCUU